CUCUCCUUCUCCCUUUCCUCCCUCAUUGUUCCCACACGCCAGGCUUCGUGUCCGCUGCAUACCUUUUUGGAUUAUAGGUGCGCGAAGACAACUAACUUUUAUUCCUUUUUAAUAGUGUGAUCAUGUCAGUCGGCCUAAAAAGCGAAGAAAGCCAGAGUGUCGCCUAAUUAGGAUGAGAGUUGAAGUCCGGUGGACAUUUUUUUAAAGAGUCUUAAACCCUGCGGUGCGUUCACGGACACACGCGGUGAGGGAGGACCAUAGGCGGUGCGUGCACGGACACACGCGGUGACGCCUUCAGGGACCGGGAGGUGGAGGUGCAGGUGCAGGUGUGUGCGCGAUUAAUCCGAGCAGAGAUGAAGUGACGCGGGACCUUCAGGGAAGUGUCCGUGAUUCUUGGAAUGAGAGAGGGUCUCCUCGCCUCCAAAGCGGGGAUGGAGCCGGACACAAGUCGCCCGGAGCCGAGGAGCGUCACUGGGAGCAGGAGUGACCGACACCCGGGUACCCUCCACCUGCCGCGGGCUCUCUUUUUCCUCGCCACCUUGACCGUGCAACCACAGGCGGUGCACACAGUCGGGAUGUUUGAGCUCCAGAUCCGUCACUACCAGAACCCCAACGGACUCCUGCUGAACGGCGACUGCUGCGACCUCCAGGUGGGAGAGGGCCCGCGCUGCUCCUCCAGAGACCAGUGCGACACUUUCUUCCGAGCCUGCCUCAAGGAGUACCAGAACCGCGUGGUCCCUACCGGAGCCUGCACCUUUGGCUCGGGCGGAACCAAAGUCCUGGGAGGAAAUUCCCAGUUGCUCCGCCGCCGUGGUCACGAUGGUGGAGAGGAUGGGACCGUUGUCAUUCCCUUCAAAUACGCCUGGCCGAAGUCCUUCUCUUUGGUGCUGGAGGCCCUGGACCAUGACAACGACACGUCGCAAUCAGAUCCGCUGAUUGAGCGUGUGCUUCUCUCCUCCAUGUUGAAUCCUGGAGAAGAGUGGCAGACGCACCGCCACCACGGGACCACCUUCAGCCUCGAGUACCGCCUCCGCUUCCGCUGCGACACCAACUACUACGGACCUUUCUGCAACAAGUUCUGCCGGGCCCGCGAUGACUUCUUUGGACACUUCAAUUGUGACCUCGCUGGCUCCAAGGUCUGCAUGGAGGGCUGGACAGGACCAGAGUGCAAAGAAGCGCUAUGCAAGCAAGGAUGUAACCAGGCCCACGGCUCCUGCACGGUACCUGGAGAAUGCAAGUGUCACUAUGGCUGGACGGGGCCUCUGUGCGACCAGUGUGUGACGUUCCCCGGGUGUGUGUACGGCAGCUGUGGCGAACCAUGGCAGUGUGUGUGUGAUGUCAACUGGGGAGGUCUGCUGUGUGACAAAGACCUGAACUACUGUGGGACUCACCAACCCUGCAGGAACGCUGGAACGUGCACCAACACUGAGCCAAACGAGUACCAGUGUGAGUGCCAGGAAGGCUUCAAGGGACGCAACUGUGAAGUUGUUGAACAUGCUUGCAUGUCAUCCCCGUGCAUUAACGGCGCCACCUGUGUGGAAAACCCAACUGGCUUCAGCUGCAUCUGUGCUGAUGGCUGGACAGGACUGACUUGUGCAGACGUGGUAAAGCGAUGCGACCGAAGCCCGUGUGGACGAGGCGCAACGUGUCAGGAGGCUCCGGGAGGUUACCGCUGCCUCUGCCCGCCUGGAUGGAGCGGCAGGACCUGCCAGCUGGACACAGAUGAGUGUGAGAGGAACAUAUGCGUUCACGCUCGUUCUUGCCGGAAUCUAAUUGGAGGAUACCUGUGUGACUGCCUUCCUGAAUGGGCGGGGCCAAACUGUGACAUCAGGAACGGCAGCUGUCAGGGGUGGUGCCUCAAUGGCGGACGUUGUGAGGACCAGACUUUAGGGCCCAGAUGUUCGUGCCCGCCCGGUCUCUCGGGAAGACGUUGCCAAAUCCGGCACGACCCGUGUGACAGCGACCCCUGUCUGCAUGGAGGGCGGUGCGUGGGGAAGGAUGAAUGGACCACCACCUGCGACUGUCCUUUUGGAUAUUCUGGAAUCUUCUGUGAGGUCGCGUUGGAUCUUUGCAACCCCAACCCUUGCCAGCAGGGAGCGCCCUGUCACAGCAUCGAUGGCAGCUACAUGUGUGCCUGUCCUGAGGGUUACUAUGGCAACGAGUGCCUGAGCCUGAAGAAUCCUUGUUUUGGUCCACACUGUCCAGGCGCAAUGCUGGACACGACCCCCGGGAGCCUCGGCUUCUACGUGGUCCUGGCGGGCGUCUCGGCUCUGGUCGUGCUGUGCGUCUGCGCCACCUGUGCCUUCACCCUCGCCCACGUCCGCCACAAGCGGAAAAAGCAGCGGACGGUCCCGCCAGAAGACGGCAUCAACAACCAGAGGGAGUUCGUCACCCUCAUCCGAAACGUGGAGCGUCCCCCAAUUCCCGUGCCCCUGGUUCUGUCCUCCGCCCCCCUCACCGAGACGGCGGCCCGCGCCUCCGCCACCGACGCCACGGCCCCGCGUCGCUACGAGGAGAUUGAACUCACGAUUCCACAUCCCUCCCCUGCGCCGAAGACGGCUCGCGCUCCAAAACUGGACAUUUCCAAUCAGGAGAGGGAGAAGCUGAACCGCAUCCACUGCACAGACAACCAGGAACUAGAAAUCUGACCUUUGAACCCCAGGCCUUGUACGGGCUUGAAUUUUAUCAUGUAUACUUUGCACUCUUCCGCUCACAGGGUCCGCUUUUCCAGUGUAGAGGUCCUUUCUUGGGAUGGACCUCUUAUCUGCUCAGAUGUCUUUCCAUGACCUUCUACUUGGUGGUCUUGGACACUUUCAGUGACCUUUGAGUGCCUACAAUUCUGUCAAAGAGAAGGAAAAAAAGCAGAUCACCUAUUUGUAAUUGAUGCCAGGGGUCAAAGAAGGAAUGAAUGGAUGAUUAUUUAAAGUCCAACUGAAUGAAUGUUUGUAUUUUAUUGUAUUUACAAGGGAAAAGGCCGUGCUCAGAACAUGACCUGGACAGUUGGACCUCAGAGUUGUGCUUUAAAGCCUCAUGAAAUUGUGAUUUAUUAUUAUUUUUUUUUUACUACAGUUUCCUGUAUGGUCUUUGUGAUGCUACACUUUGUCAAAUUAGAUCUGUUUUCACACAUUUCUACACGUAAAAUAUUGUUUGUAUAUAAAUGUAUUGUACAUAUUUUUUUGUACUGUCGUUCGGUAUGAGAUCACUUUUUUUGUGUUACUUGGUCUGAGAUGGCCUUCUGUUGGAGCAAACAGCAACAUGUGGAUGGUGAUAAAAGUGCAUUUACCACUUUGGA